UUCAUUCGUCUCCUCUAUCUCUCUCUCUCUCCUUCAAACCCAAAUUUCAUUAUUUUAUAAAACCUUUUAUCCAAAGUUUACCACAUGGGUACAAAAGGGUUCCACUUUUAAAAAUAAAAAUCCAGAAAGGUGAAACAAAACAACAUGCCAACAGUUUGGUUUCUUUCUUUAAGGAAAUCCCUCCACUGCAGAUCCGACCCAUCACAAGUCCAUAACCCGAAAACCAAGAACCAGUUGACCACAAUCCUGACCCGGAAACCCGGCCGGUCGGGUUGUUCAAGAUCCAUUGCAACCAUCAAAGAUGUCAUCAAUGGUGGUGCUAGUAAAGGUGUGCAGUUAGAAAAACCGGUUAGUUGCAGCCCAAGAUCCAUUGGAAGCAGUGAGUAUGUUAACCCGAUAGCCCAUGAAGUUGUUGUUAGUGAUUCAAAGUGUGAACUUAAAAUAACUGGAUUUAGUGGUGGGGGUGGGGGUGAUGGUUGGGUGGGUAGUUUAGUGCCCGGUACACCGGGUCCGGACCCGGUGCAUGGUGUCAAGAAUAAGUUGACCGGAAACAAUGGGGUCCCUCAAAAGGUUGUUAGAGGUGGUGGUGUGGCGGUGACGGUCACGUGCCAUAAGUGUGGCAAGCAGUUUGGGAAGUGGGAGAAUCUUGAAGACCAUCAUCUGUCAAAGCAUGCUGUCACUGAACUUAUAGAGGGUGAUUCAUCAAGAAAGAUUGUAGAAAUAAUCUGUCGAUCAGGCUGGUUAAAGCCCGAUAACAAUACGGGUCGAGUCGAGAAGGUUUUUAAAGUACACAGUAUGCAAAAGACACUAGCGCAGUUCGAAGAAUACAGAGAAUCCGUGAAAACAAAAGCCAGCAAACUACCAAAGAAGCACCCUCGUUGUCUAGCCGAUGGGAAUGAGCUUUUGCGAUUUUAUGGCACCACGAUCGCAUGUUCUCUUGGCAUGAAUGGUGAAUCUAGUUUAUGUGUUUCGGACAAAUGUUGUGUUUGUCGGAUUAUAAGACAAGGGUUUUCCACUAAUAGGGAGUUCAAGGGUGGCAUUGGUGUUUUCACAACUUCAACUAGCGCUCGGGCUUUUGAAUCCAUAGAAGUGAGUGAUAACGGGCUGGAUACACGAAAGGCGUUGAUGGUGUGCAGAGUGAUUGCGGGUCGGGUGCAUAGGCCAUUAGAGAACAUUCAAGAGAUAACCGGGCAGACGGGUUUUGACUCGUUGGCUGGGAAAAUCGGGCUUCAUUCGAAUAUUGAAGAUCUUUAUUUGCUUAGUCCUAAAGCUCUUCUACCUUGCUUUGUGGUAAUAUGUAAACUCUAGAUAUAUGACAUUUGAAUGGUUUUGUUUUUUUGGGUAAAGUUCAUCAUUAAGGAUUUCUUUAGAUAGAAUUUGAUAUUU